UCGAGUUAAUUGUGCGUAUUCCUCCAGGGAUUGGCUGAUGCUUACUUUUACGCACGCCUAUAGCACAUGCAAUGCAUGCACACUCAUAAAAAGGAGAGCAGCCAGUGGGAGUCUCUCGGUUGCAAACGGGGAAAUGACAGGUAUGCGGGAUGCUGCGCUUCAUCCAAGCAGAGCCGGCUGCGCGUAUUUACGCACAGUGGCACGUCUUAUCUCAUCCAAAAAGCGUCCAAUCCUUCCCGCGUUUAUGCCCCUCAUCGUGUCCGUCAUGGUGCUGGUUCCAGCCUCAGCUCACCCUCAGUGUCUGGACUUCGCGCCACCUUUUAAACCUUUGUGGCACCUGGAGUUCUGCUCGCAGUACGAGCAGUUCGGCUGCUGCGACCAGAAGACGGACAACACCAUCGCGGAAAGAUACUGGGACAUCAUCGACCAGCUGGACACGAGGGGGGAAGAGCUGUGUCAGGACCUACUGAAGGAGGUCAUGUGCCAGGAGUGCUCUCCGUACGCCGCCCACCUGUUCGACGCUGAGGACCCCUACACUCCCGUCAGAGAGUUGCCCGGCCUCUGCUCCGGGUUCUGCUACAAGUUCCACGACAAAUGUCGCCACGUGGUGAAAUAUUUAACGGCGAACCGGCUGCUGCAGGACACGUCGGAGCGAGACGUGUCCACCUUCUGCAGCCUGGUAGACCUGUCGGACCAGGACUACUGCUACCCCAACGUGCUGCAGAGCUCCAACCUCAACAGCCACCUGGGCCGGGUGGCCGAGGACCCCCGGGGCUGUCUGCAGCUGUGCCUGACGGAGGUGGCCAACAACCUGAGGAACCCGGUGCUGAUGCUGCACAGCGGAGACGGCACGCAUCGCAUGUUCAUCGCAGAGCAGGUGGGCUUCGUGUGGGUUUACCUGCGUGACGGCAGCCGGCUGGAGCAGCCCUUCCUGGAUCUGAGCGGGGAGGUGAUGACCACGCCCUGGCUGGGGGACGAGAGGGGCUUCCUGGGCAUGGCCUUCCACCCGAAGUACAGAGACAACGGACGCUUCUUCAUCUACUACUCCAUCCAGGUGGAGAGCAAGCUGGAGAAAGUGAGGGUCAGCGAGAUGAAGGCGUCCGCACACGAUGUGAACAUGGCAGAUCCGUACUCCGAGAGGGUCAUUCUGGAGAUCGAAGAGCCGGCCGCAAACCACAACGGAGGCCAGCUGCUGUUCGGGCUCGACGGGUAUCUGUACAUCUUCACCGGAGACGGAGGGAAAGCCGGAGAUCCGUUUGGGAAGUUUGGCAACGCCCAAAACAAGACUGCUCUGCUGGGUAAAGUCCUGCGUAUCGAUGUAGACGACCGUGACCCCGGUGGUCUGCAGUACCGGAUCCCCCCCGAUAACCCCUUCCUCGGGGACCCCGCUGCCCGACCCGAGGUGUUUGCAUACGGGGUCAGGAACAUGUGGCGCUGCUCCGUGGACCGCGGAGACCCGGGUAACCUGCACGGCCGGGGGAGGAUCUUCUGCGGAGACGUCGGCCAGAACCGAUACGAAGAGAUCGACAUCAUCGUGAAGGGAGGAAACUACGGAUGGAGAGCCAAGGAGGGCUUUGAGUGCUACGACAUGAAACUGUGUCAGAACUCCUCCUUAAAUGACGUCCUGCCUAUAUUUGCGUACAGCCAUCAUGUCGGGAAGUCUGUGACGGGGGGGUAUGUGUACAGAGGAUGUGAAUCACCCAAUCUGAACGGCCUGUACUUCUUCGGAGACUUCAUGAGUGGGCGCAUCAUGGCGUUGGAGGAAGAUAGGACGAGGGGCAGCUGGAGGGAGAGGAGCGUUUGUAUGGGGGAGACAAAGACCUGCUCGUUUCCAGGACUCAUCAACCAUCACCACAAGUUCAUCAUCUCCUUCGCUGAAGACGAAGCCGGGGAACUGUAUUUUCUGGCCACAGCGUACCCCAGCGCCACGUCUCCGUAUGGGACCGUGUUCAAAUUCAUGGACCCCUCCAGGAGAGCGCCUCCGGGGAAAUGUAAGCAGAAGCCGCUGCCGGUCAAAGUGAGAGGGAAAAAGAUCCCCUUCGUGCCUCGGGAGCUGACUGUGCUGGACACAAACGAAAAACCAACGAGACCACCACCGAGAAAAUUCAAACUCACCGCCAAACCAGCGGCGACACGGAGCCUCAUCACGCCCCAACGACAACGACUCCCGCCACAACGACCACAUCGACCACAUCGACCACAUCGAGCACAUCGAGCCCGGCGUGAAGCCCAAAUGGAAAACCCUUGACAAGAAAGCAAGGAAGACAAAAAAGCUGCAGCCGUGGAAGAAGAAAAAGAUGCUGAAGAAGAAGAAGAAGAAGACUCUGAAGCAGAAACCCAAGACGACCGCCAGUGACAAACUUAAACCAAAACCAACGAAUGAUUUAAAAAGCAACGCUCUAACAAACAUCAACAUCCUGAAGAAUCGCACAAUCCUGCACGAGGAGAACAGCGUGAAGAGGAAGAAGUCUGCAGAACAAAACCACGCGUUCAUGAACCAAACUGAGACAGACUCGAGCGUGAAGGCAAACAGGACACUGCAAAUACACUCAAGGUGAAAAGGAAGCAAGCCAAAGCACUGUAAAGUAUUCCUAUUUGUUUUAAAGGAGUAGUUCUGCUUUUCGUCAAAGAGAUAGAAGUAUGGAAGGUGAAACGGGACAAAAUUAAAUAUAUAAACACUUAUUUUAUAAUAAAUGCUUUAAUAAAGGAACACAUGAAUAAUUGUGCUGCUUAUUUUGAGGCACUAAGUUCAACGGAAUAAAUAAAUACAGUUAUGGAGAAAAAAUGUAAAGUAAAAAUGAGCAAAUUUAUUGACGAAUGUAUGAAUAAAGUCCCAAAUAAAUCCAACAUUUAUGCCUUUAAUUAUGUAUGAAUAUUAAUCUCCUGUGACAAUAACAUCAUGAUUUAUUUAAGCGUGUAAAUAUACAAUAAGGCAUGUUUCUAGAUUAAUAUGCUGUACAAUAUUAAGUUUCGGCCUUUUAAACUCUCCGUACGGAUGAAAUGUGAGCUCUCAUUUCACGCUCUGCACAUGUCCUAACAUGUUAAAGAGUUCCUUUAAAGUUGAAAGCACAACUGUUGCACGCAAUUAUGCACGUAGCAUGUAGCAUGUAGCAUGUCACGACUCCUACAUUUUAUUUUGUACUUACUUACCAGCCUUUCUGUAUUUAAAUCACUUCAAUUAGUUAGAAAUAAAAUCUCCUGCUCCUAUUUCACACAUGCAAAUGAUACAAAUAA